CGAGAACUAGGCGCCCCCGGGACCUCAUCGCCUCGGCUCCACUCUGCCCCGGGAAGGGAAGCCUGCCCACGCCGCGAGCCCCGGCGCUCCCUGCACCCUGUCCCCAAGUUCAGGGCUGCACCCCUCAAAAAAGGCUCCCCUGCGCCGUGUGCAGCCAGCCGCGGGACUCCGGGCGCGUCUUCCGCCUGCGCUCAGGCGUCCUCCCGGGUCCCCGGGGACGGCCCGCGUCCCGCCGCCCCGCGCCCCGGCUGGGCCAUGCCGGGGCUGCGCCGGGACCGCCUGCUGACCCUGCUGCUGCUGGGCACGCUGCUCUCCGCCGACCUCUACUUCCACCUUUGGCCCCAAGUACAGCGCCAGCUGCGGCCUCGGGAGGACCCGCCGAGCUGCCCCUGCGCGGGCCGCGUCUCGUCGCCGGCCUCGGACUCCCCCGCAGCCUCCUCGGACCCCGGCCCGGCCGCGCGUAACUUUUCCCAAGCCGGACCCCGGGCUGAGCGGGGCGGCGAUGGCCGCAGCGGCCCUGGCUCCAAGCUGCAGGCCCUCUUCGCCCACCCGCUGUACAGCGUCCUGGAAGAGCCGCCUCUCCUGGGGCCCGAAGACUCACUACUGGCCAGCCAGGAGGCGCUGCGGUAUUACCGGAGGAAAGUGGCCCGCUGGAACAGGCGACACAAGAUGUACAAAGAGCAGCUGAACCUCACCUCCCUGGACCCCCCACUGCAGCUCCGACUCGAGGCCAGCUGGGUCCGGUUCCACCUGGGCAUCAACCGCCAUGGGCUGUACUCCCGGUCCAGUCCCAUCGUCAACCAGCUCCUCCGUGACAUGCGGCACUUCCCCACCGUCAGUGCUGAUUACAGUCAGGACGAGAAAGCCUUGCUCGGAGCGUGUGACUGCACCCAGAUUGUGAAACCCAGUGGGGUCCACCUGAAGCUGGUGCUGAGGUUCUCGGACUUCGGGAAGGCCAUGUUCAAACCCAUGAGACAGCAGCGAGAUGAGGAGACACCCGAGGACUUCUUCUAUUUCAUUGACUUCCAGAGACACAAUGCUGAGAUUGCAGCUUUCCACCUAGACAGGAUCCUGGACUUCCGACGGGUGCCGCCAACAGUGGGGAAGCUAGUCAAUGUCACCAAGGAAAUCCUAGAGGUCACCAAGAAUGAAAUCCUGCAGAGUGUUUUCUUUGUCUCUCCAGCCAGCAACGUGUGCUUCUUCGCCAAGUGUCCGUACAUGUGCAAGACGGAGUAUGCUGUCUGUGGAAACCCCCACCUGCUGGAGGGCUCCCUCUCUGCAUUCCUGCCGUCCCUCAACCUGGCCCCCAGGCUGUCUGUGCCCAACCCCUGGAUCCGCUCCUACACGCUGGCAGGAAAAGAGGAGUGGGAGGUCAAUCCACUUUACUGCGACAUAGUGAAACAGAUCUACCCGUACAAUAGCAGCAACCGGCUCCUCAACAUCAUUGACAUGGCCAUCUUCGACUUCUUGAUAGGAAAUAUGGACCGCCACCAUUAUGAGAUGUUCACAAAGUUUGGGGAUGAUGGCUUCCUUAUUCACCUUGACAAUGCCAGAGGGUUCGGACGACACUCCCAUGAUGAGCUCUCCAUCCUCUCGCCUCUCUCCCAGUGCUGCGUGAUAAAAAAGAAAACACUUUUGCACCUGCAGCUGCUGGCCCAAGCCAACUACAGGCUCAGUGAUGUGAUGCGGGAAUCACUGCUGGAUGACCAGCUCACCCCCGUCCUCACAGAGCCUCACCUCCUUGCCCUGGACCGGAGACUCCAAAUCAUCCUUAAGGCAGUGGAGGGGUGCAUAGAGGCCCACGGGGAAGAGAGUGUCAUCGCCAGCGGCCCAGCAGAACAAUCAGCCCCAGACUCUGGCCGGGUUAAAUGGACAAGCUAGGGACUGGAAGUCAACCAUCAGCAGUAGACUCCCAAGCGCUGACCACUUCUUCUCCCUUCCACCUACUGAUGCUAGUGGCCAUGAGUCACGCGCUCUGGAAGGACGUAGGGCAUUGGGACUAUUUUAAAAAUACAAGUGGGAUCCACUGAACUUGAUCUUUAUUUCUUGGUGCGUGGCUUCUAGAGUGAAUUGCCUUGGCUCCAUUUCCCAGAAAGCACUGACUUCAUAAAGGCCACAGACUAAAUCUAAGCCCUCUGGGAAUCUGGAUAUGGGUCAGGCUUGGAAGGUCUGGAAGCAUUGUUCCUAGGAGAGUAUUAACCGUAACGAAUAAAAUAAAAGGACAUCAAGUGGAUAUCUAAUUGCCCUUCAGAGCCUUAUUCUAUGUACAAGUAAAAGAGUAAUUCCUGGUCCAGAUAAAACAUAAUCAUCUGGCGUAUCACCAGCAGGCUAAAAAACUGCAAACAGUAACUCUCAAACUGGCUCAAAUGAGACUUCACACUUUCUACUUAUAUUCCAGUCCUUGUGGCUCAAUCGGAACACAAUAAUCCCACUGACUGAUCUUAGAGUAACUUCUCAAAUCCAGCCACUUAUGUAACAAUGGACUGGUUUUCAAAUGCCCCAAAAUAUUUUGUUGUACUUUACAAACUGAGAUUAGUAGAAGUCUGACCAAAAAAAAAAAAAAAAAAGUAAUAAC